AUGUUUUAUUCUGAACAACUGCUGGCCAAGACCGGGCCUCUGGCUCGCGUUUGGCUCGCCUCCAACGUUGAGCGCAAGCUCUCCAAGACCCAGAUCCUGCAGUCGGAUAUUCAAAGCAGUGUCGGCGCGAUUGUUGACCAAGGCCAUGCCCCCAUGGCUUUGCGCUUGAGUGGGCAGUUGAUGCUUGGUGUUGUGCGUAUCUAUGGGAGGAAAGCGCGUUAUCUGCUCGAUGACUGCAAUGAAGCUCUCAUCAAAAUCCGCAUGACCUUUAAAUCGACUAAUAAUCAUGAUUUGCCUGCUCAUGCCACCACCACCAUCGAUCUGAAUCUUCCGGAGCUACUCACAAUCGAUGAUCUAUUCUCUCCGAUGGAUUUCACAUAUCCGAUGACGCAACAACCUCAGAUUACUGCCGACCAGACCCAAGACCUGGAUGACGAUUGGACCUCUUCCCUGAAUCCUCAACAGAGUAGCACUCAAUCAAUGCUGAUACCAGGAGAGGAAGACGCCCUUUACAAUGAGGACGAUUUUACACUGGACUUUGGUGAACACAACGACGUAUCCGUCAGCAUAAACGUUGGCAGAUCCGCACCUACACCUCAGCCUGAUCACGAACGCAUUCUCGGAGACGACGAACCACUCAUCCAUGAUGAUGAUGCUAUUAGUCUCAACUAUGGUGGUGACGAUGUGCCCAUGAUCGACGGCCCCCAGCUUGGGUUAGCUGAUGAAGGGCUCCCCGCAAUCGGUGAUGAUGAGCGUCUGGCACUUGGAGAUGACGAGACCCUGCAAUUGAGACAGGCCGCCGAUCGUGUUAGAGACACAGAAUCCCCUCUGUCAGAAGCCGGAUCUGAUAUGCUGCGAGAACUCGACCAGACCUUCCAAACACAACCUGAAGCCGAAGAAGAAGUCGAAGAAAUCGUUGCCCGCCAACCACAACGGAGUCGCAGGCAAAAGCCUUUAGCUCCAGAUACCGAGACUGUCCUACACAACAGCCAAAUAAAAGCCCAGGCAGAGGAUCGAUCCAAGAUUCUACGAGCACCAUCUUUUCUACCAAGAGACCCCGUCCUUCUGACUUUGAUGAACAUGCAGAAGAAUGGAGAUUUCGUGCUAAAUGCUAUGAACGACGGUCGGUCGAGGAAUUGGGCUCCUGAAUUACAGGGGCUUCUCUCCUUCGAGUCUCUCACCAGAUCAAGCGAUCGGAAGCGAAAGCGAGAUAGUGGUAUCGGAGGACUCAGUGAGGAUGAGCAUAGUGAGAAGUCUCCUCGUUUAGACGGUCCGGACAUUGACGAGGCUGUGCACCUCGACGAUGGCUUCCCUCCCUCCGCCUCGCAGCUUAUUGAAGAGGAUCAUCAACCGCUUGCAAGCGAUCUCGGUCCCGCCUUGGAGGAUAUGGUUCUUGGGGAAGACGAUGAAGGCAUUUUCGGUGGGGAUGAUGUUUUCGACGAAACAACUAUGCCUCUUGUUCACCCAGCAGACAGUGGACCGGUGUCUUUAGGCACAAAACACGCCGUGCACUUGCUCAGAGAGAAAUUGGGAGAUGCAGCUGGGGGGAAUCCAUCAUCUCCUGCCAAGAAGUCUGUCCUCCUCCAGGAACUCGUACCUGAACACCGAACCAGCAAAGAAGAUGCCACCAAGAUGUUCUUUGAAGUGCUAGUCCUAGCCACCAAAGACGCUAUCAAAGUGGAACAAGGUGACAAAUCGAUCGGUCUACCUCUCAGAAUCCGAGCCAAGAGAGGGCUCUGGGGGUCAUGGGCUGAGACGAGUCCUGGUGAUGACCCAACGACGCAGACUGCUUCUCAGCAUGUUGCUGCGGAAGCAUAG